AAGUCGAACAGACUAUGUUGUAACAAGUAUACGACUGCGUAGAUAGCGGAUGAACUACAGACAAACUGACCACAUAACAAUAAUUAUUGUAUUAAAGUAGUCCACGACAAAACAAAAUUAUUUUAAAAUUUAUUUUAGGCACGUUAUUUUCAAUCUGAUUACGGGCCUAAAUUUAUACUACGUGUUUCCGUCAAGUCUUACUUUAAUAAACGUAAUAUUUCAAUAACAUGGAUUCUAAUAAUCUAAAUGUGGGAUUUAUUGGUGGAGGUAACAUGUCUACAGCAAUUUUCAAAGGGAUCAUAAAAAAUGAGUCACAUCCUCCUUCAAAAAUUUGGGUGUCUGGCCCUCACACAGAAAAACUAAAGUAUUGGAGUGAAAUGGGUGCUAAUGUAACAAAUGUGAAUGGGAAUGUAUUAGAUACCUGUGACAUGAUAUUUCUAGGAGUCAAAGUAAACAAAUUAAAUGAUGUAAUCAGCAGUUUUCGAAAUGCCAAAAACAUAUCAAGUGAGAGAACCAUUACAUUUGUUUCAAUGUUGGCUGGGGUAAAACUAGAAAAAAUUGAAAAGUCAAUAAAAGCGUAUUAUCCAAACUCAAAUUUUGGGUUUAUUCGUAUCAUGCCCAAUACUCCAAUAACAGUUGGAUCUGGUAUUUGUCUUUACACUUCAGGCCAGUUACCUAAUAAUGGUGGAAAAACACUAAAUAAAUUAAUACUACUCCUAAGGGGUUCUGCAGUUCUUCAAAAUGUUCCUGAAAGCUAUAUGGAUUCCUUGGGUGCACUGACAGCAUGUGGACCCGCUUAUAUGUAUUUGGUUAUAGAAGCUUUGGCUGAUGGGGCAGUAAAACAAGGUGUUCCAAGGGACAUGGCUAUCCGUCACGCUGCUGAGAUGGUUGUUGGAAGUGGACAAAUGGUGUUGCAAUCAGGAAAACACCCUGGUCAGCUAAAGGAUGAAGUUUGUUCCCCGGGUGGAUCCACUAUAUGUGGAAUUGCAGAACUCGAAAAUGGUAAACUAAGAGCUACAUUAAUCAAUGCAAUCGAAGCUUCUACUAAAAAAAAUCAAGAUCUUGGUAUUUAAAUAGGUUUGAUUUCUAUCAGGUGUGAUUUCCUUGUGAAUUGUUACAUAUUUGUGCUCAGUCUUCUUUUUUAGGAUCUAAUGGUAUUGUCACUAUUGGCUCGCUUUAACGCCCUUUAAAAAAAUACUUGUACUUUUGUG